ACACCGUCUUGCAUACCACUUUCGUUUGUGUUGCACGACAAGUUGGUCUCUUCGCAUCCACAUUAUGAUUCGGAACAGAAAGAGCCACAUGUAGACAUCUCACUGCUCCGGUAGGUUCAGCUCAGCGAGCAAUUACGCAAUGUGAAAGCCUUCGUCCUCGACUUCUUCUUUUUCUUCUGCUUCGUCUUGUCCAUUGAGGAAACAUGGCCCUACCAACCGUGCCAACCCCGUCCGGCCUCUACGAACAGCGACAAUCUCCGGCUGCUGGCAUUGGUGUAUUCGCAACAGCCGCCAUACCUUCGGGCACCCGUAUCCUCUGCGAAGCACCGCUCUUUGCGCUUCCUGACGACGACGAUGUCAUAGCAUGCUAUCUCACCAUCAGGGAGCUCUCAAAAGACCAGCAAUAUGCUUUCUGGGCUCUCGCUUCAUCAACCACUCCUCCGGCCGACACAGAUUGGAUCGACGAGUUGAGAGCAGCCUGUGAUGAGGACAUAGGCGAUGGCUUCGACGAUCUUGUGAAGAAGUAUGAAGAUGCAUACUCGAAGUUCGAGACGAAUCGCUUCACCUUACGCUAUCCUGAUGGCUCGCCUAACAAGCUUGGUGUCUUUCCAAACGCCGCGCGGUUCAACCAUUCCUGCAGCCCAAACGUCUACCAUCGCUACAACACAAACAUAAAUUGCCUCACGAUACACGCCCUUCGGGACAUACAUCCCGGCGAAGAGAUAUGCACUGCCUACAUCGACAUAUGCAACGAUACGGCUGAAAGACGUCGUGUCUUGCAACACUGGGGAUUCCUGUGUCGCUGUACGGCCUGUGAAGCACAAGAACCAGCCCGAGAGCUGCGAAGAAACAAACUAGGAGGGCUCAUGACCACAAUGCAAAAGAGGGAAAAGAAAAGAUCCUUUGAGAACUGGGGUAAAUGGGACUAUGCAGAGGCUCUUACAACUGUCGAGGAAAUCAUUGCGUUGAUGCUGGAGGAUGGUUUGGAAGAGACGGAUACACUUGGUGAAGCGUAUGAGAUUGCCGCCGAGUACAGUCUUGCUACGGGCUGUAAGGAAGACGCUAUCAAGUGGGCUGAAAGAGACCUUGAGGUUGAGCGCAAGUGUUGUGGUGAGGAUAGUGCCGAAUUCGCAAAGGCGAUGGCCUUGCUGGAGUCUGCACGAGCUACCUAGAGGUUCAUCAUUUGUGCGACUACCUGCUUGCGACUUCGAAGAGCCAUAAAAGAGCUAAAUUGGCUUAGAAUGCUGAAUGUUCCUCUUGAAAUUAAUUCGACCACUCUGUGACGUUGACGUCGAGCGACCCU